AAUGAGCUACGACCGUAGGAGCGCGACAUUGUUUUUUCCUGGAGAGCCACAUCAUGGCUUGCAAACGAGCCAGGCAUGACAGUUGCUCUGUGUUUGGAUGUACAAAUGAACACAAAAAUCUAUUUUUUGUUCCUUCAACCGAGCCUCUGAAGAACCAGUGGGUUAAUUUUAUUUUCUCUGGAAAUGCGAGAGUCUGCGCCAAACAUUUCACCGACGACUGCUUUCUCAACUUGGGCCAAUACAGAACUGGACUUGCUAAGCGACUAAAACUUAAGUCUAGAUCAGUACCAACCCUCCUUGGCUCAGCCUCAAACCUCGGACAAGCCAGCACAACAAGUGAUUACAUUCAGCCGCUGAUCUCAAGGGAUAUUGCCUGCCAGACAGACCACCUGGAAGCACAUACUGUAGGCACACAGCUAUCCUUACAGACUUUGCGGCCCCACUUAAACAGUGACGAAGACGGUGAUGCCUUUGGAGAUCGCAGCACGCAGUGCGGCGCCACCUCGGAGAGUCUGCGUAUGGACGCCCCUGGCACCUACCACAGGGAGCUGAAGAUCCUGAGCGUCUAUGGAAAAGGGGAGGGCCCACUGGCGUUGGACGGCCAUGACACCCUCUUUACCACGUCAGAAAUGGAGGCCCUGAACUCGCUCUCUGUGGACGACUGCGUGGCCAAGAGCCUGGACCGCGGCGAGAGAUUGGUCUGCCGCAUGGAGCUGGGUGUGCAGCAGCAGCCCCCUGGCACCAUUUCAAUCAAGGUUGAAGAGGAUAUUAGUGGAGAAGAGUGCGAUGCCUUUGGAGACCGUAGCACGCAGCGCGGCGCUGCCUCGGAGAGUCUGCGUGUGGACACCGCUGGCUCCUCCAACAUGUCCAGUCACAGCGAGGAACUGAAGAUCCUGAGCUUCUACGGAAAAGGGGAGGGCCCACUGGCAGUGGGUGGCCAUGACACCCUCUUCACAGCGUCCGAAGUGGAGACCCCGAGCUCACUGUUUGCGGACCACAGCGUGGCCACGGGCCUUCGGCGCAGUGAGCGUUUGGUCCGCCAUAAGGAGCUGAGUGUCCAGGAGCAGUUUUCUGGAGAUGAACUGCUUUCAGACCAGGACAGUGAUCCAGAAUCUGAAAUUAGCCAAAUAUACGAUGAGAAAUACAUACUUCAGUCAGAUGAGGAUGAUGGCGAAGAUCCAGAUGCAAGCUUAGACUUCAUGCCUCAGUCGAAAGUAAAACCAGUAAUGCCUGAUGUUGGAGCAUCUAGAUCAGACACCAGUGUCCAAGAUGUGGCCAUGGUUCCCAGUGCUGCUGUUGCAUCUGAGUCAGGAGAUUCAAACCAGUCAGAGGAAAUGCCAGAAGCUGAAGCUGAACGACGCAAACAAGAAGUAACAUUACAGAAUACGACUAUAAAAAAUUACUGUUACGUUUGUGGUAAGCCACAGAGUAAAAUCUCCCGUCACUUGAAAUUGCACAGGAAACAUGCUGAACUAGUUCUUUUGUUUUCCCUCCCUGAAAAAUCAAAGGAGCGCAAGAUCCUAUUAGAAAAAAUUAGGAACAAGGGAAAUUUUAAACAUAAUACGACAGUUUUACAGGCUGGAGAAGGACCACUGAAAGUGAAACGACAACCGAAGGCUAACAUAAUGGCAGAAAAGUUUAUUCACUGCGUGUACUGUCGAGGUAUGUACAUUCGCAAGGAGCUUUGGAGACAUGUCCGCAGAUGCCCCUGUAAACCAGAAGGUUUGAAUGAAGAACCUGGUAGAACCAAAGUACUUGGUCUGGCUGCAGCACAAGAGUCUGCAUCCUGUCAGCAGAUCUCAUGUGGAGUGUGGAAGCUCCUUGGUGUCAUGAAGCAGGAUGAGGUUGCCAUAAUUGUGCGAAAUGACCUCUCAAUUAUUCAGUUUGCCCAAUCACUUUACAACAAACAUGGACAGGACCCCACAAAGUAUGACUACAUUCGUCAGAAGAUCCGUGAAGUGGGCCGUUUUUUGUUGUGUCUGCACACAGAAUUCUCCAUACAUACCAUGGAGGAGGCUGUUAAACCUGCAAACUUCCAGAGAGUUAUGCGAGCAGUAAAGAAAGUGUCCGGUUUUGACGAAGAGACACACUCAUUCCUAACUCCAAGCCUUGCGCUGAAACUGGGACAUUCGCUGCAUAAAAUCUGUGACAUUAUUCAUUGUAGAGCACUCAUGGCAGAAGAUGAAGAUCGGAUCAGGUCCACUGACAUUUUCAAGAAGUUGUACACUUCCAAGUGGUCGGAGUUGGUUUCACAUGGUGCCCUGAACACACUGAGGGAUCCCAAGUACCACAAGCCAUCAACAUUACACUUCACCGAAGAUGUCCAGAUCUUUCAUCGGUACCUUGACAAAUCUGCAGAAGAAGCCUUUGGCAACUUGAAAGAGGUGGCCACCUCCCAGAACUAUGCUCGACUUGCAAAAGUUACACUUGCACAAAUCAUUGUGUUUAAUAGGAGACGUGCUGGGGAGGUUUCAAAAAUGCUCCUCAAAAGUUUUCUUGAAAGGGACAACACAAAGCCUCAUGAAGAUGUUGCCAUGGGGUUGUCAAAGACUGAACAGAGGCUCUGCAACUAUUUCUGCCGUGUCGAAAUGAUGGAAAAAGGGGGCAGAAAGGUUGCAGUUCUGCUCACACCGAGCAUGGUGGAUGCUCUAUCACUACUUGCAAGUAACAGAACUGAAUCAGGUGUUUGUGCAACAAACCUCUCCCUUUUUGCAAGACCCAAAGCAAUGAGCCACUACAGAGGACAUGACUGUUUGCGUGUUCAUGCAAGCCAGUGUGGCGCAAAGCACCCUGAGCACCUCAGGUCAACGCAACUCAGGAAACAUGUCGCCACACUGUCCCGAGUCCUCAACUUAAAAAACAAUGAACUUGAUCAGGUUGCAGAUUUCUCGGGUAACGACAUCCGUGUUCACCGCGAUUUCUACAGAUUACCAGUUCCCACAACACAACUGGCCAAGAUUUCCAAACUGCUUCUAUCAAUGGAGAAAGGACAUCUUUCCGGCAUGCAGGGGAAAUCCCUGGAUGAGAUUGAAAUUGACGAUGAAAUGGUUUUAAGUGAUGCUGAGGCCAAUGACGAUGGGAGCAAAUAUGAUAGCAGUGACACCGCAGACCUGCCGUCGGAGUGUGUGACUAGCGAGCCUGUGGAGACUGCAUCGUGGUCUACAAUCACAGAGCAGCUCCAUGACACUAAAUAUAUUGGAAAAGAUUCUGGCAAAGAACAUGGGUCCAGAAGAGCUAAAAAGAAAGUGUGGUCCAAGGUUGAGGUGGCUGCAGUAAUGCGGCAUUUCAAAGAUCCGAUACGUAAAGGAAUACCGGCUUCAAUAAAUGAGUGCCGUCACUGUAAGCAGGCAGAAGGUCCUGCAUUGACACACAGAACACUCCAGAAUAUAAGGGACUUUGUGAGAAACCGCGGAAUAGCUGCAAAGAGGCAGGCUCCUAAACCAACAGACACUGAUCAUUGAUCUUUUAUUUACGUUUUGAUAAAAUUUUUAUUCUAGCAGGAAAGCAAAAAAAAAGUUUUGCCCCGUGUUAUCUGACAAGAUGUUUGGGGGUUAGAAUCACUGUUUAAUUGUAUGUUUCUUUAUCUACCUGCUUUGUUUUGUGGUUAAAUAUACUGUUGUGGAAUAACUUUUGUAACGCAACCAUAUAUUAAUUUGGCUUUAAGUAAGAUAAUGAGACUUGAUUUUUAGUUAUUCAAAGUCAUGGGACUUUAUUUGUGACGGGUUGUUGGCCAUCCACACCAAAUUAUUUUGAUACUUUCAUUUUUUGCUUUAGUAUUUAAAGUACUUUUUUGGGAAUAAAGUGACUGUUCCGGUAAUGCUGUGUGCUGUCAUGUAUGUGUAUUCUAUGUUAAUGAGUAGUGACAUUAGCCUUUUAAAGACACAAUUAGGGAUGCACCGAUAUGAAAAAUGGGCCGAUACAGAUAUAAAUUUUGCUGUUAUAGUCGAUUGCCGAUAUUUACCGAUAUUGAUAUAUGUGGUUUUUUUUAAGUUUCUGAGAUGAUACAAUUAUGUACGGACUGAAAAUCAUGCAAACUGAAUUUUUCAUAAAACAUAAGUAACCAACUUUUACCAACCGACCUAUACUCUAGGGUCUAUAGCGUAUAACCGCGUUGCCGUUGUCUGAUUACAGUUUAAUUCAUUUUUCACAAUUUUCCAGCUCUCGUUUUGAAGAAUAAUCACCGCGCCAUUCGUUUCAAUGGGAGUCGCAACGCUCUAUACCAGGGGUUGGCAACUAAGUUUGGCCUCCGGCCAUUUUUUUCCAGCCAGUAGGUGGUGGGCCAGAACAUUAUUAAAGGCUAGUUCAAGGAAUUGAUUGAUGAAGUGUAUCUGGAACUGCAACGCAGGCCCGUCAACUGCUAGAUGACCCUUAAAGGGACACUGUGUAAUAUUUUAAGGCAUUUAUUACCUCAAAUCCAUGUAUUCAUUCAUAAAUAAGUCCUCAUUGGUGUAAAAUUAUCUCUGCCAAAAAUCUCACUUAUCCUCCUGAGCGAAGAAUAAUUAAUAUGUAGUUACAUAGGACGGGUAAGCUUCAUGGAGGCUUCCAUGUUCUUCCGGUCUAUGAACUGCUGAGAGAGACAAAAAGCACUACGUGGUACAGGAAAUGCAAACGCGUUUUCACUCUGAGCCAGUGUGAAUGAUGACUGAAAUAAGUCACUAUCUUGCUCGAGGAGUAAUUACUCAUACAUCAUUAGCUUACACUUAUGAUUCAAUGCAGUUUGAAAAGUGUUUGAAAUAACGAACCUCAUCACUCUAAUGACUCGAUGAGGUAGUAUUGGAUGUCAUGACACAGCUUCUUGGCACAUACUGCCCACCGUAGUUUUUGAACAAGCGAGCACUAUUCGUUUGCGGCUUGGCUAGAGGUGUUGUUUCUGCACUGUGCAGAGACGACGCAGCGAUAUCAUCAUGAGCAGGUCUAACUGGAGAGGAAGUGAAAUCCGCGAGGUGCUGAUCAUGUGAGAGAAGGUGAUGCAGUCGUAUUAAACAAAGACGUUGAAAGAUGGUGCGAUCUACGAGAGAGGAACUGUCCGUACGAGGCUUUUGUCUGGAUUAAAAAACAAUGGUCAGCAAAAUAAAGAAUAUGUUGGCGUUUUUGCACUUGUAAAUAGUUAAUCGCGUUUGUAGCCUACACUCAGACAUUAACUCAUAUUUGCAUGUGGCUGUCUUCAUUCAUAAAAAAAUAAAAACAUUUGGGAAUAUGCAAAUUAUUCUAAAGAGGCCGACUCCGUGCGCAGCC